ACUCUGUUUUUUAAAACAAUAAAUAAGCUACAAUCUUCCUUCUUUUGAGAUUAAAUAGAUAAACCAUAAAUAUUUAACCUGGAACUAUUUACGAAAGAAAACUGACACUGAUGUAUAUUAGCAUCAAUCAAACUUUAGAGUAAAUAUUUUCUCUAUGAUCAAACUAAUUCGCCAAUGCAAACAAUUGUUUAAUAAUUUGUUAACUUACGAUUUAAGUAAAACGUCCUCUGUAAAAUCAACUUUUCCCGCGAUCUAAAUUGAUUGUGCGACCUAUUAAAACAAUUCCGCGACCAGAAACUAUUUGUAACCAAUAUUGCGAGACAGUGGACUACCGUAAAUAUAGAAGAAAAAAAACAACACUGGCAAAAGUGUUACAAAAUUGUUAGCAUGAUGAUGGCAUGUGGACAAAAAUAAACAAUGAUAUCAUUUUAAGUUUGAGUGAGAUGCCAAUCAUGUAUCUUAUCCAGAAAUAAUAGACCUUGUACAUGUGAAGUCGCUGCCAAUUAAUAUUGUUUGCUUUAAAAGGCCUGCAUGUUAAGUAGCUGUUUCUAGAAACAGCAUUGAGAGAAUCGAAGACGUUGUCGGUUAGCCAAAAACUAUCUUUCUAUAUUGUAGUCAAUUAGCGAUAGAGGACUUGGACCAAUUCUAUGUUUUUUCAGACUCCCUUACAUUUAAUUUUGAACGCAUAUGUGCUAUUAGAUAGAUGAAAUCGUCUGGUUUGAUCUGCUUAUACGAUAUAUGGGACCCUCCAGAAAAUAGGUUCCAAUGUAGGUAUACUUAAAUGGUUGUUGUAUAUCUUUCGGUUUUUGGGUAUUUUUUUUUUGUGUUUUUGCGUGUUUAUUUAGUCUGUUUUUGUUAGAUAUUUUUUUUUUAAUCCAUAGGCCUAUCAAAUCAAUUUCCACUGAAUUUUUAAUACGAUGGCACAUUAUUAAAUAUCUUUGUAAAGUAGAGGCUUUGAAAAUAUCUGUGAAAAUACCAUCGGUAUUAUGUAUAUAAUAAUUCAAUAAUAACACCAUUUAUAGUCUUCUUCCAUCCAAACUGAUAUGUUGUUAAACACUCAUGAAGAUAAUGAUGGCCCUAAUAAUACCAAUGUGUUUGAUUUUCUACAGAUAAACAGGACGAUAUCAGCUAUAAUGAGCUUUAACGCAGCCACCAAAGGAUCACUGACGCAACUUGUGGAGUGUUCAAUUUGUUAUGAAAACUACAAUGAAACCAAUAGGCUACCAAAGCUUCUUCCGUGCGGGCAUACCAUUUGCUUAUCAUGUGUUCAACAGAUCUCAGAAGAAAGUGGUAGGGUUGUUUGCGCAUCUUGUCGCGCAGUGGUUGACGUGCCACACGAGGGUUGUGGUGGAUUCCCGAACGACUUGACAAUGGUGCAGGCAAUUACAAUGCUAAGAUGUAGUCAAACUACACCGCGAACAUCACCGCCGCCUCGGGCUAAACAACUAGUGCCUCUUAAACAAGAUAAUGGUGUGUAUGUUGACCACCAGUUAGAUGUGCUUCGUUGGAAACUGACAGAUCUCCGUUGCCAAUGUCAAUUAACGGCUUAUUCAAUGAAAGAGAUCGCCGAAAAGUGUGCGUACGUACGCAGACAAGUGAAAAAUUGCUUUAUUCGUCUGCGAAAACGUAUAGACAAGCGCGAAGCUAUUUUGUUGCAGACAAUUGAAGAUUUGGACUCCAAUCCAGUACAGAGUAAUUCACAAGCACAAGUUCAUAAUGCAACUGAAUUUAUACAGUAUGUAGAGAAGCAGAUGGAUUCUUCAUUUCAUGUUGAACAGGUCAAACAUCUGAUUAAAAUAUGUGGUGAACUUUUGAGUCGUCUGGAUGCCUUGUACAAAAAGCAGAUGUCAAACGACAGAACAAUGGUUUUUAUAGAAACACAUUUUGAAGAUGCUAUAAAGUGUAUCGAUGAAGUAGGAUCGUUCGAUGACUCAUUGGGUUACGUGGAAAUGAAUGUAAACGAUAUCCCAAAUGCACCACAACCGCCUACACUACCAGUCAGGUCUCAUCAGCUAUCAACUGGAGGGGCAGCAUAUUUAGGUCCUCAGCUAACACCGGACAAGCCCGAAGAGAAAGCGUCAACGCCAUUUGUGGAUGACGGCCAGUAUCAAUUGUUGUCGAGUCAAAAUGAUUAUGCAAGUAGCAGAUGGGCAACAGAGAAUACAAACAACAAUGCCCAAAGCAACCAAAUAAAUGAUGACUAUUUGGUGCCUGACGUACCACCACCACCACCAACGAUCAAUGAGAUAACUAUUGGUUGCCAGUCACCUCGAGGUAUGCAGGUUUUUAAUCCAAACAUGUUUCACUCUCUACACUCAUCGAACUUCGAUACAGCAAAAAGUGGACAGGAGAUCAAUACAGACCAGGGGAUCCAACAUAUCAGUCUUUCUGCUGCUCAGAGAAGUCUCGGAGAAAAGUAUUUUCGUCACGGCCGUUUAUUCAUUGGAGGACCUUCUGGUGUCGCCAUCACUGAGGACCAGUUUAUCGUUGUAGCUGAUAAAGGGAACAACUGCAUUCGGGUGUUCAAUGAGAUCGGGACUCACAUAAAAAGCUUCCGAUGUGAUCGUGGAAAACAUCCACUGAAAUGUCCUGUGGGUGUGGCCACAUACUCUCACAAUAAGGUGAUAGUAGUUGAUGGUUACUACAGGGUACAUGUCUUUGAUUGGACAGGUGAACAUUUGGUUGGAUUUACUUGCCAGCAUUUGACUGAUUCGAGCCAGUCUCGAACCACGUCACUGAUUGGUAUAGCAGUCGAUUGCCGUUGGAAUAUCUAUAUUGUGGACUCUGAUGCACAUUGCAUAAACACCUUUGAUAUUGAAGGGGUAGUUGUACGACGCAUUGGAGACGCAAGUAGGCUUGGCAAACCAAAAGGGCUGUGUCUUCAUGGAGAUAAACUUUUUGUAACCGAUAAGCUGUCGAACAACAUUAAAAUAUUCUCCACAGUUGACGGAUCCUAUAUUGGAAAGAUUGGUCACGGAAAAGGCACCGGUCCAGGAUUUUUUCGUAGUCCCAGAGGAAUAGUGUCGGAUCGCAAAGGUAACAUUAUUGUAGCAGACUAUGGUAACAAUCGAGUGCAAAUGUUUGAUUCGAAUGGUAACUGCGUGCGAAUCAUUGAAAGCCGAUCAUCGGCGCUUCGUGAACCAGAAGAUGUGGCAGUAUUUAGAGAUGGCAGAAUGGUUAUAUCUGAUGGUGGGAAUGAACGACUUCUCCUCAUUUAAAAUAUAUCUUCUCUAACAAAAUUGUAUAUUUUCAGUAUGUCGUAAAUCUCUAUCGUAUGUUCAAUCGCGAAUGUUGAUAAAUUCCACAUGAAACAACGAAACAUCCUUGUUGAAAUAAUUUGUUUAAAAAUACACAAAUCUGACCAACGAGUUAUAGGCCAUCACUGCCAUGCAGUCUUCAAAAUAAAAAUUGUCACUUUUUUUCUCGACCAUUUUCUUGUUUACUCAUGAUGAUCGGCAUUUCGGAUUUCAAGUGUAAUCUUCUAUUCGUUCACUUUUAUUAAUUGUUGCUAUUUAAAUGUAUUCGAGUUAAAAUUGCAAAGUUAACGAAUAAUAUUAUCAUGCAAUUUUAUGAGCACAAUUUGUGUCGGUGUCGGUGCAUUUUCAAAUAUUUUACUAAAUUCACAAAAUACAAAAUAAUGAAAAAGAGGAAAGAGCGCCACGUCGCUCACCUUAAAAUGGUGAAAUAGAAAAAUUAAAUACAGUAAUAUUGAAAA